AUGAACUAUUGUUACAUUUAUUGGGGGACAGAUUAUCGAGGUCCUACGGUUUAUGGAGGUACUAGAGUCAUUAGAGAUGCUUGGUAUCAUACAAGAAGAAUCAAUCCAAAGGGCAAUUUAAUCAAGGAUCCAGUCUCAAUCAACUCCAAGAAGUUAACUCCAAGAAGUCAACGCCAAGGAGUCAACUCCAAUAAGUCAACUCCGAGGAAUCAAACCCAAGAAGUCAACUUCAAGGAAUCAACUCCAAGAAGUCAACUCCAAGAAAUCAACUCCAGGAAGUCAACUCCAUUUCAUCAAUCAGUAAGAGUGUGUAAAGGUAAAUCAAUAUUCAUGAUGGAUGAAGAAAACAAUCACGCCGUACAAGUUGAAAUUGAACUCAACGAAUUAAAGCGAACGCGAACGAAUCUUAAAAGUAAAUUCACGCGAUUUGUCACAUACAUAAACAGUCCAGCAAAUCAGAACAAAUUUAGUGAAAUUAAAACACGAUUGCAGAAAGUAGAAAAUGCAGUCGACGAAUUCGAAGCACUUCAAAAUAAAAUUGACAUUUUAAUUGACGAAACUGAGCCGGGAACAGAAUUAACAGAUUUUGAAAAUAUAUUUUAUCCUGCUAUAAGCAAGGCUCGAGAAAUGUUAAUUAACUAUGAACUCACACUUACACCUACAACAACAUACACACAGCCUAUUACACAAAAUGGUCAAAAUCAAAUGCAUGUUCAAGGUCAAACUUCCAUUCGAUUGCCAAAAUUGGAUUUGCCAUCUUUCAAUGGUGCUUAUCAAGAUUGGUUGAAUUUUUAUGACUCUUUCAAAGCUUUAAUUCAUGACAAUGGAAAAUUAGCAGAUGUUCAAAAAUUACAGUAUUUGAGAUCAUGUUUGAAAGAUGAAGCAGCUAAGGUUAUAAGUUCCUUGGAAACUUCAUCUGCAAACUACAAUGUUGCUUGGAAUCUAUUGAAUGACAGAUACGAUAAUCAUCGCAUAAUAAUUCAAAAUCAUAUAAAAACACUAAUGGAAUUACCGAGUUUUAACAAAGAAUCUGCUGUUAAUAUUAGACAGCUGAUAGACAAUUUUCAAAUGCAUCUUCGCGCGCUCUCAGCAUUAAAUGAAUCGGUUGCACAUUGGGAUUCAAUUUUAAUUUACGUUUUGACCUCCAAAUUAGAUCGGAAUACACAUAGGGAAUGGGAAAAAAGUCUAACGGGAAAGACAAUGCCAAAAUUAGAAACCCUUUUACAAUUCCUUCGAAAUCGGUAUCAAAUUCUUGAAGCUUCAACUUUUGAUACAGUCAACAAAACCCAACCAAACUCGUCUCAAUCAAAUAACAAUUCAAAAAAACAAAGCUUAUCAGUUACUCAUUCAAAGGAUUUUUGUCAUUUUUGCAAAGGUGAACAUAAAUCGUUUGGAUGUGAAAAAUUUCAAGCAAUGUCUAUAUCUGAAAGGCGUAAUGCUGUACAAUCAGCAGGGUUAUGUUUUAAUUGUUUGCGCAAAGGUCACCGUAGUUCUGAGUGUAAACUUUCUCAUUGCAAAAAAUGUAAUAGAAAACACAACACACUUUUACAUACAGAAGAAAAUCCAAAAUCAGAUACACCUUCUCAAAAUUUGCAAAUUUGUGUUCAACCUCAAUGUGAGACAAAUAAUUCGCCUACUCAAAAUUUGCAAGUUCGUGUGCAGUCUCAGGUAUUGUUAUCAACUGCGGUUGUAUAUCUUCAUGACAAAAACAAUAAACAAUUCAAAGCACGUGUCGUUUUAGAUUCAGGUUCACAAAGUAAUUUUAUUACGGAAAAAUUUGCGGAAAUUUUAAACUUAGAUCGCCGUGAAAUUAACAUACCCGUAGAAGGAUUGAAUCAAUUAGAAACGAAAAUUAAACAAUCUGUUUCAACUCAAGUAAAGUCUAUGCAAACAGAAUUUGCUGCAAAAUUAGAAUUUUUGGUCAUUCCCAGAAUUUGUAAUUCAUUGCCACUUGAAUACAUUAACAGAAAUCAAAUUGAAAUACAGAAGAACAUAAAGUUAGCCGAUCCAGAAUUUCACAUUCCAAAAGAAGUUGAUGCAUUAUUAGGAGCAGAAAUAUUUUAUGAUUUAAUUUCUGUCGGUCAAAUCAAAUUAUCUAAGCAAAGCGCAGUUUUACAGAAAACAAAAUUAGGAUGGGUUUUAGCAGGUAAAAUCGGUCAAGCUGUUCAAAAUAAACGAACACACUGUCACUUGAGUUUAGAAAAUAUCGGUAAUCAAAUUAAAUUGUUAUGGGAAUUAGACGAAUUUCCACCAAAAAAAUUCCUCUCACCGGAAGAAUCAGAAGUCGAAAAGCAUUUUAAAGAAAAUACAAAACGUGAUCGCGACGGAAAAUAUACAGUAAAAUUACCGGUAAAUGAGAAAAUUAACAAACUCGGAAGUUCUUAUACAAUCGCGGAACGUCAAUUUCUUGCUUUAGAAAGAAAAUUCGAAUCAAAUAAAGAGUUAAAAAACGAAUAUUGCAAAUUUAUGCGCGAAUAUGAAGAAUUAGGUCACAUGAAAAGGGUUACUGUUGACAAAAUACCUGAUGAUGGUUACUUCUUACCUCAUCAUGCAGUUUUAAGAGCAGAUAGUUCGACUACCUGUUGUAGGGUCGUUUACAAUGGUUCCUCGAAGACAAAGAACGGAUUAUCGCUUAACGAUGCGUUAAAGGUCGGUCCCACUGUCCAGCAACCACUUAUUGCCAUUUUAAUUCGAUCAAGAACUCAUACAAUACUUUUAUCAGCUGAUAUUGAGAAAAUGUAUCGCAUGAUAAAUAUUGAUGAAGAUGAUAGAAAAUUUCACCGAAUAAUUUGGCGCGAUGAUCCAAGCAAAGAGUUAGCUAUAUACGAAUUAACAACGGUCACUUAUGGUACCGCUUCGGCACCAUAUCUAGCAACCCGUGUCCUCCAAGAGCUAGCUGAAAAUGAGAAAGAAAAUUUUCCAGACGCGUCAGAAAUUAUUAAGAGAGAUUUUUUCGUUGACGAUUUAUUUACAGGUGCAAAAAAUCAAAAUGAAGCGAUUGCUUUACGCGAUGAAUUAAUUGAAUUGUUAAAACUUGGUGGUUUCAAGUUACGCAAGUGGUGUUCAAAUGAUUUAGAAUUGAUAUCUUCAUUACCAGAUGAUUUAAUAAACAUUAAAUUGUUUUCUGAUCCAUCAUUAUCAAUCAAAACUCUGGGCAUUCAAUGGAAUCCAAGAACCGAUCAGUUAACAUACACAAUUAGCAACAUUUUAAAUUAUACAAGAAUCACAAAACGUUCUAUGCUUUCUCAAAUCGCACAAUUAUUAUAUGAUCUAAUUGGAUUAUUAGGCCCUAUAAUAAUAAAAGCGAAAAUUUUCAUGCAACGGUUAUGGCAACUCAAGUGUGAUUGGGACGAGUCAGUUCCGCCCGAAAUUCAUACUGAUUGGCAAAACUAUAGACAAGAUUUGAAUUGCUUGAAUGAUGUUACUUUUCAGCGACUUGUUGUUGUUGAUGAUGCUACAAAUGUACAACUGCAUGGGUUUUGUGAUGCAAGUGAAGCAGCUUAUGGUGCUUGCAUAUACGUUCGUUCACAAAAUGCAAAAAACGAAAUUUAUGUAAAUUUAUUGUGCUCAAAAACACGUGUAGCUCCUUUAAAGUCAAUUACAAUACCAAGAUUGGAAUUGUGCUCGGCUUUUCUUCUAGCAAAUCUUUUAAACUUUGUAAAAUCAAUUUUGUGCCUUAAAAUCGAUGCAGUGCAUUUGUGGUCAGAUUCAACAAUCACCUUACAAUGGAUUAAUACAGAACCGUAUCUCUUAAAAACGUUUGUUGCAAAUCGUGUUUCUCAAAUUCGCGAAUUUACAGAUCCUUUAGAUUGGAAACAUGUUCCAACAGAGCAAAAUCCUGCAGAUUUUAUUUCAAGAGGUCAAAUGCCUAGUGAAUUCAUACAAAAUGCAAUGUGGAUUACCGGUCCAAGCUGGCUUGGUUCUUCUGAGGAGCAUUGGCCUUGUAGUCCAUUCAAUAAAAAUAAAGUAAAAUCGAGAAAAGAAAAGGUUGAAUUAAAAAAUUCUGAAACAAAGGUAAACAUGACACAUCUGUCAAUUGAAGAAACGCAACUUGCAAUGAAAAAAAUUCUUAGUUUAUUGCAAAAACAAUUUUUUCUACGCGAAAUAAAGUCAUUGACAAACGAUGAGAGUUUGCAUCGUUCAAGCAGUUUAACUUCUUUGAAUCCUUUCUUAGACAAAGAUGGGUUAUUACGCGUGGGAGGACGAUUAAAAAAUUCAACAUUAUCUUACAACGAGCGAUAUCCAAUUAUUUUACCAAAAUCACACCACAUUACAAUUUUAAUAAUUAGAUUUGAACAUGAAAUAAAUUAUCACAGUGGUUCUCAAGCAACAUUGAAUGCAGUCAGAUCUAAUUAUUGGCCAAUUAAUGGUAUGAGUACUGUUAAAAGUGUUAUUAAAAAAUGCAUAAUUUGCUUACGUGCAAAACCUACGAAUCAAAAUUAUUUAAUGGGCAAUUUACCCAAAGAACGAAUUACUCAAUCGCGACCUUUUAUAGUUACUGGUGUCGAUUAUUGUGGUCCAUUUUUUAUUAAAGAAAAAAAGCACAGAAAUAGAGGCAAAGUCAAGGCCUAUAUUUCAAUAUUCGUAUGUUUUGCUACAAAGGCUUGUCAUAUUGAAUUGGUUAGUGAUUUAACUACCGAAACUUUUAUCGGUUGUUUAAAAAGAUUCUUCGCUCGUAGGGGAAAAAGCUCUACUAUUUUUUCCGACAACGGAACUAAUUUUGUUGGCGCAAAUAAUGAAUUAACAAAAACAUUGCGCGAACUUUUAAACUCAGAAAAUCACAAUGAACAAGUGUUAACAUUUCUCGAGAAUCAGGGCAUUAAUUGGAAGUUUUCACCUCCAAAUUCUCCGCAUUUUGGUGGUUUGUGGGAGGCUGCAGUAAAAUCUUUUAAGUAUCUUUUUAUCAGAACUAUUGGCGAAAGAUUGUUUUCUUUUGAAGAAUUGAGUACAUUUACUGCCGAGAUCGAAGCAAUUCUUAACUCCCGACCAAUUACUCCUUUAUCAUCUGAUCCUAAUGAUCUGAGAUCAUUAUCUCCAUCUCACUUCCUAAUUGGUGAUUCACUAAUGAGUGUACCAGAACACGAUCUGUCUGAUAUACCAGAAAAUCGUCUGUCAAACUGGCAAAAUAUUCAACGGCUGAAGCAGUGUUUUUGGAAAAGGUGGUACAAGGAGUACCUUAAUCAACUGAAUGUCCGUUGCAAAUGGCAACAAUCCAAAGAAGAGAAUCCAGAAAUUGGUACCAUGGUCAUCCUCAAAGAAGACAACAUUCCACCCUUACGCUGGCACCUGGGUAGAAUUAUUGAAAUCCACCCUGGUGAUGACUCAAUUGUUAGAGUUGUUACUGUACGAACCACUACUGGAACUUAUAAGCGAUCUGUAAAACGCAUAGUUCCUCUCCCUAUCAAUUAA